UCUUAGUCGACUCUGAUUUUUCCAUUUGUUUCGUAGCUCGAGCACGGAUACGCUUCGUUUUUUUUGAUCCAGUUCUCAACGGUCAUGACGACAACGAUUCAAAAGCUGAAAUCCGAAAACUAGUAGAGCGAGAUGACGAAGAAAUGGUAAUGGAGGAGCGUGACGUCAUUAUCUUAAGGACGAGACGCAACAGUGUGAUUGUGUUGAUACAAAAUGCCGAACCUCGAGUUCGGACUUAAACACGCCGGAAUAGAAGUACGUGGCAAGUAGGACAACAACUUUAAUCGAUCAUAUUCUGGGUUUCCCUGAACAAGUCCUCAUUCUCAUACGAGCACUAAUGCAGGGCUUCCAGCG